AUGAUUACGGAGGCUAUUCGACGGUUCAAAGGCUAUGACCACAAUGCUUACACCUACUAUCCCGUCAUCAUCAUCGGUGCUGGAGCGAGUGGUAUUGCCAUGGGGUGCCAGCUAAAGCAACAGCUUGGGUUCGACCAAUUCCGCAUAUUUGACCGUCAAGCUGGUAUUGGAGGGACGUGGUGGAUCAACAGAUAUCCCGGUGUUGCUUGCGACAUACCGGCGACUUUCUACUCUUUCUCGUUUGCGCAGAACCCAAAUUGGACAUCUUUCCAUCCACCUGGAUCGGAGAUUGUACAAUACUACCACGAGGUCUGUGAGAAGUACAAGAUCACCGACAAAUUUGAGCUCAACACAGACAUCGUCCAAUGCACAUGGCUGGAAGACGAACAACUAUGGGAGGUCAAGACACGACGAAUGGUAGCAGGCAUGGGUGACCUUUCCGAAAAAGACCGCAUGAAGCUGGUGAAAGAGAAGGGUGAAGAUGUAGUAUACUCGGAGGUGGAGAUUGUCAAAUCAAAGGUCCUUGUCAGUUGUGUCGGCGGUCUCGUGGAGCCAAGGGGCUGGCCCGAUGACAUAACCGGCCUCGAUGAUUUCAAAGGGCCUGUGUUCCAUUCCGCUCGGUGGGACCAGACUGUCGACUUCAACGACAAGAAUGUGGUUGUUGUAGGUACUGGCUGUAGCUCUGCGCAGAUCGUUCCGACACUACCAAACGCUCCCUACAACGCCAAGUCAGUAACCCAGUUGAUGCGAUCUCCGCCAUGGGUUGUCAAGGCCUUGGAUGCUCCAGGUGGUGAUGAAUGGUGGGAGAAGAACGGUCCGAAGUUGUUAAAGGCUGUACCGCCAUUGAUGAACCUGUUUCGAUUCCUCGUCUUUUGCAAUUCUGAAAGUGAAUAUUUCAAGCUGUUUCCCACAACACCUUAUGCUGAGAAGGGACGGAAGAAGUACGAAGAGCAGUGCCUGGAGCACUUGAAGAAAACGGUACCCGAAAAGUACCAUGAGAUCAUGACGCCAGACUAUGGAGUUGGCUGUAAGAGGCGGAUCUUUGACAAGCGGUGGCUGCAGAGUCUCAACGACCCAAAGAUCGAGCUCACGACACAACCUCUUAGGCGCGUGAAAGAGAACAGUGUCAUAAUAGGGCCUGGCGCAACGUAUCCGGCCAACGCAAAGGACGAGGAUUUUCCUGAAAAAGAAAUCCCAGCAGACAUCAUUGUCCUGGCCAACGGUUUCGACACCACUCGAUGGUUGCAUCCACUGCGAGUGGCCGGCAAAGGUGGCAAAGAUCUCGUUGAAGUCAUGGUCGAGCGAGGCGGUGCACAGGCUUACCAAGGCACGGCCAUGGACGGCUUUCCGAAUUUCUUCAUGAUAUUCGGGCCCAAUACUGCAACGGGCCAUUCUUCGGUGGUGAUGGCGGUCGAGAACAUAAUCAACUUCAGCCUCAAGUUCAUCAAGCUGGUUCUCAAUGGAGAGGUGAAGACGGUGGAUGUCAAACACGAAGCUGAAGUAGCAUACACGGCGGAUGUGCAGAAAACACUGAAGAAGAUGGUGUGGAUGACUGGCGGCUGCUCAAGCUGGUACUACACCAAGGAUGGUUGGAACCCGGUUGCUUACCCAUACACACAGACCGACUUCUGGAGGCGAUGCACCUGGCCCAAGUGGAGUGACUGGAACAUUGCAUAUACAAGGAAGGGGGCUGUAAAGAAGCUGCAGACCAGGGCAGUGCGUCUCAUGACUGUGGCUCUUGUCGUUGUCGCAGCUUAUCGAGUCCGUCAGAGUGGGUUGGGUGUUAAAGAUGUGGGAGCAGUGCUGCAAGGGGUUGUGGUAGGUGCUUUUAUGCAGCUUCGACAAGUUCUUGCUUUGCUGCAGAGCAAGAUUCUCUCUUUGAGGGCUUGAGGAAGCAUAGCAGACGCGUUAUGCAGGACCAAAGUACACUCGUAGAACGUGUCGAUGAAUGAAUCGUAGUGGACG